GGGAGCAACUGCGCACGUUCUCAUACUGGGUCACACCACUGACUUGACACUAAGUCGAUUCACGUCAACGGCGAAGGCAGCGCCGACCGACGACGUCCGCAUCGAAUCUCUCGGAAUCUUCAUUGCCCUUUCGUAGGCACCAUCACUAUUCCGGCCGUCCUUCCGUUGCCCUCACACCGCGGACCGCUUGCCGUGGUACACAUGUCCAAACCAGGAAGUCUUGCAUCUAAACUGCCCAGCGCAACGUCGAUUCUCCCACCAUCCCACCAGAAAACUCCCGCCAGCAAGAGCAGUAACAACCACACGACCGAAGUGACGAGCGCCGAAUCCGGCAUUUCCGACACGUCCCAGCCUGGCGGCGGCGGCGGUGGUGGCGGAACUAGCAGCACAGGCCGCAAGUACGAGCGACGCACCAAACGAUUCAUUUGGCCCGACGAACUCCAUCGGCUCUUUGUCGCGGCUGUGUUCGAUGUCGGGCUCAAAAACGCGUCACCCAAAGCGCUUUUGGCGCUGAUGGGAAACCCCGCGUGCAUGAAUGGCCUCACCACGGAGCACCUCAAGUCGCAUCUUCAGAAAUACCGCCUCAAUUACGACCGGUCCCGCGUCGAGUUUCUCAAAUAUUUCGACGAAAGCGUGUCGGAAUCGACAAAGCAACAAAAACGAAAGGGCAGGGUCGUGCCGCAAGGCGCCGUCGCAUCGCUCUUCCCCAUCAUGCCCAAGCGAAAGCGAUCGCUCGACGACAUGGAAGAAGCAUCGUCGGACGACGACGACGUCCAUCCGGACGAAAAGGUCGCCAAGGUUGUCGCCGCCGCAUCGAGCAUUUCACGGCAGCUAGAUGUGCAGUCCAAGACACUGAAGAUGCAAGCGCAAUUUCAAGAAGAAAUCCAGCAGCAACUAUACGAGCAAGCAUUGCUUCAGCGCCAGCUGCAGGAGCGACUCGCCGAAGUGACGGUCCACAAAGGCACUAGCCCCCACCACCACUUGCCCCACCCGAUCUCAGCGCUGUCCACUUCCACGGAGGCCCUUGCACGGACUUCGACGGCAUUCCAUACCCCAACAGCACCAGCAGCGACAAGCGCAUUUCACACAGUCACGCGAUCCAAUAACGCGUCGUCUGUGAACAACCCCCUUCAAGAGCAGCUCAACCAGUUGGCUCAACUCGGCGAAGACACAACCAAAGACAGAGCCAUGUCGUGGUCAUUCCCGUUGAUACCGGCCCCCAGUGGCGGCGGCGCCGCGUUCAUAUCACCGUCGAUGCAUCCAGGAGUCGACCCGUCGCCGUCCACGAGUGGGUUUUCCUUGGGUCCGUCGCAACACCAGUCUGCCGGAGGAAGCGGGGCGUCGUCCCAACUGCACGCGCCGCACAUUCAAAUGCAAAUGACCAUGCAGCAGCAGAUGCGGCUGCAUCAGCACAUGUUGCAGCGCAAGGUGGAGGUGUCACAGCAGAGCAGCACGGGCUCAACGGGGCCGACCGGUAGCUCGAGCAACAACUCCACCAACAACUCUGCCUCCGUCACAGAGACUGCGAGUGGUGCAAUGGCGCCGACGUCGACCCCACCCCUUCCAGCGACCUCCUCCAUUGCUCCGCUGGGAAGGGAGCCACUGAGUUUCCGGAGCCAGUUGAACGCAGACUGGACAGACCACAAGGAAGACGACCAUGGCGGCGGUGGCGGCGUCGAACCCGUCAGCAUGUCGGAAGGGUUCGCAUGGGACCUCGACGACGACAUGAACGAUGAUUUAUUCGGCUUUUUGAAGUAACGAUAGUAGUUGUAGGCGUGCAGUAGUCCAACCUUAAUUUUAAUUGCCUCGGAGAAUUCUCGCUAGGCAUGGAAUGCGCCAUGGGGCGCAGGCGUGGACG